GGUAACGAGGAAAACAACUCAAACGGGCUUCUUUUUGGCUGGGCUUGGGCUUCUUGGGCUUUUUAGGAAAAACUAGGCCCAGGAGCCUGUCAACAUUGUUCAGUCACCAACUCAACCCAAACUGUGUUCUGUACUGUGAACCUUUCAGAGAAUUUUUCUCUGCAAUUCUCGAUUGUUGUUUUCCUUCGUCCACCGGCGAAGUCAAUCUCAGGUGAGUGAAGAGAGAUUUCGUGGAAGACGUAUUGACAGAAGCGAAGAUGGAAGAAUCUUUCUUGCUGAUGCUAUCGAACCUCCUCCACCUUCACAACUCGCUCGACCCGACCACCUCCCUCAUCUCCACGACCUCCACCGCCGCCAUCACCACAGGCACCUCCUCCCCUCUCCAAUCCCCUUCUUCUCCAACCUCUCUCCUCUCCUCCUCCUCUCCAGCUCCACUCCUCUUCCUCACCCUCGCCGCACUCCUCUCCUUCCUCGCCUCCUCCAAAACCCCCAAAUCGAAAUCCCCUUCACCCCCCCAAUCUCCUGAUAACUCCGGCACUCCUUACUCCGUCUCCGCAUUUCGUGCUCUCUCCACCGAUCACAUCUGGUCCCUCGAUCCCCCUCUUCGCGACGCCCAAUGGAGAUCCCUGUAUGGACUCUCUUACCCUGUCUUCACUACCGUUGUUGACAAGCUCAAGCCCUUCAUUGCCGCCUCCAAUCUCUCCCUCCCUUCCGAUUACGCCGUCGCGAUGGUACUCUCACGGCUUGCCCAUGGUUACUCCGCCAAAACCCUAGCUUCUCGAUACUCUCUGGAGCCCUAUUUGAUAUCCAAGAUCACGAACAUGGUCACUCGCUUAUUGGCCACCAAGUUGUAUGCUGAGUUCGUCAAGAUUCCUGUGAGUCGUAGUCGUUUGAUUGAAACGACGCAAGCAUUUGAAGAGCUCACUUCGCUGCCUAACAUCUGUGGUGCCAUUGAUGGGAGCCCCGUCAAGAUCCAUAAUUUAAGGCAAUCUUCCGAUCAAAUGAAUAAUUCGUAUAGGUGCAAAUAUGGGUAUAAUUCGGUUUUGCUGCAGGUUGUGGCUGAUCAUAAGAAGAUAUUCUGGGAUGUGUGCGUGAAGGCACCGGGUGGAACCAGCGAUGCUGCGCAUUUGAGGGAUAGUUUGUUGUAUAAUAGGCUGAUUUCAGGUGAUGUUGUGUGGGAUAAGGUGAUUAAUGUGAGGGGACACCAUGUGAGGCCGUAUAUAGUUGGGGAUUGGUGUUACCCUUUGUUGUCAUUCUUGAUGACGCCCUUUUCGCCCAACGGGAUGGGGACACCAGCACAGAACUUGUUUGAUGGGAUGUUGAUGAAAGGGCGGUCUGUAGUGGUGGACGCGAUUGGGUUGUUGAAGAGGAGGUGGAAGAUUUUGCAGGAUUUGAAUGUGGAUCUUAAUCAUGCACCACAGACUAUUGUUGCUUGCUGUGUGUUGCAUAACUUGUGCCAGAUUGCCAAGGAGCCAGAGCCGGAGCCCUCGAAGGAGCCCGAUGAGGGUGGACCUAUUCCAAGGGUUAUGGAGACUGAGAAGUCGUUUCAUUAUUACGGGGAAAGUUUGAGGCAGGCUUUGGCUGAUGAUCUGCACCAAAGGCUUUCAUCGAGAUAGGAGCUUCUAGCUUUGGGCUUUGUUGGCCUCGCAACUGUAAGGAGGGCCAGAGGAUAUCUGAGUUUCUUGUACAUCGUCAAUUCAUCUCUCUUUGAUUUAGUAAAGUUGUUAUGCAGCAGCAAAUGUACUCUAUUGUUUCCGGAGGAACCUGAAGCAGUGAUUUGACCAGUUGACAACUUGACAUUGUAGUUGAUAGGCAAGCCAGCUUAGGAAUGAAAUCAGGAACAGGUAUGACUUUGAGAAAAUGGCAUCGUCCAAUUUUCAUAGCUCUUGGGCAUUGUUCAUCUCAUCUGACAUCUCUGCCAUGUAGAAGUGACUGAUGGUCUUAUAUGAUAAAAAGGUUUACUCUGAACUUGCAGUAAGAUGAUUUCAUGAAACUGACCAGCAAAGGGAAGGAAAAUCAGGUGAACUUCUUGCAUUUCUUGUAAUAAAAAUCAGGUGCCGACUGGACUGUGAACAUUAGUUGAACUUGCUGUUUGAGUUUAGUAUUUAAGAGGACUGGAAGGUUGGGGGGUUUGUUGUUAUGGUGAGGAGCAUAGGGAGCAUUACCUUGUAAAAUACAGUUUUUGGCAUGCACUCCAUUGUUGUAUGAUAUAACCUUCUUCUCCUAAUUGCUACUUUUCUCUUCCAACAUUGCUGUUGCUUUUUGUUGCCAUCACCAUUUUGAAUAAACUCUCUGCUGAUGAAAAUACACUAAGAUGACUGAAUUGUCACUGAUGAUUCUAGA